AUGGCAGAUCAAAAAGGCCGGCCAGCGGGCAAGAAGGGCAAAGAAGAUAAAAGAGGGUUUAAUCGAUACAAGUGGGAAUUCAAAGACAGCAAUAAAGACUUGUGGAUGCAGGGACAUGGAGAGACCAAGUUUCUGAGUAUGAUCUGCAUAACGGUUGCCCUGAUCUGUUUAGAAAGAGUGGCCACGCACCCCAUGCUGAUUCUGCUCCUCACAAUGGAAUUGUCAAUUCUUUCUUUCUUCUUUUUCCUCUACUCCUUUGCCAUCAACCGAUACAUUCCCUUCGUCUUCUGGCCUAUGAUGGAUUUCAUGAAUGAUCUAUUCUGUACCAUCUUCCUCAUAUAUGGCAUAGUCUUUGCUUUUGGAGCAAGACGAGCAUUCCCAGAGCCCUACUUAACUGCUAUGAUCUUCAUGGGAAUUGGUGCAUUUAUAACUCUCGUUGACCUGUGUCUUCAGAGGAAACAUUUCAAAAGCAGGAGGCUUCGGAGGUAUGCUCUACUUGCUCCAGACAAGGAUGGCAAGAUGCCAGACAAGGGCCUCCUGGCACAGCUGGCAGCCAAAGAGGAUGAGGAAGAAGAGAAAAGGAGGCAGGCUGAGAAAGAGAAGAAGGAGAAGGAGGCUGCUGGGUGGUGACAGGUCAGGGACAGCUGC